CUCAUCUUUAUAACGACUCUGUCUUGUCCUAAUUUUCCAGCCGCAGAAUCGUUUUCCCGGGAAAAUCAUUACUUUUUUCUGUGAAUUCUCAGCAGAGUUUUAGGAAACAACAGGAGUUAUGGCUAAUGAAUCGUUGUCGUUCUCUGAUUUUCCCGAUGAUAUUCAGCUCUGCAUCGUCUCGUUCCUGUCUCCUCCGGACAUUGCAAGCUUUGCCUGCACGUGUAGACGCGCCGUUUCGCUCUGUCGUAGCGAUAGCCAGCUCUGGUACACCUUGUGCGACCGGCGAUGGGGAUCCAAGACCCAGAUCAAGAGAUGGGGCGGCGGUAAUAUCACAUACAAGCUCUUGUACCGGACACUCAACGAAUGGGAGAAUCUCAUCGGGUUCUGGCGGCGAUGUGGGCAAUCGAACGUGGCUGUUUCUUCGCCGCUGUUGGUGUUGUUCGAGUGGGGCCCGUCUUUUCUCGCCUGUUCUAGGGUUUCCCCCUCCCAAAACGGCAGCUACCAAGUCAAAAAGAUGCCGUUUUUGUGGAUGGGGAUAUCGCCGGACGGGCAAAUCGCGAAUUUUCUCGAUCGAGAGGGGCAUAGUGAAAUCUUGUCCGGAGAUUUCGAGUGCUGGCUUGAAUUCGUGUGUUUGGAUCAAAAUCUGGUGCCGGUGAACGUCAAUUUCAUGGGCAGCGGCCAUGUUUUGGUCGAAGAAAAUGUAAGCUUUAGCUAUGAGAACAUAGAAGAGAGGAAAGGUAGGAACGGUUUCAGAAGGAGUUCGAGUUCGGAGAAUUUACAAGGGGAAGAUAGUGAGGAAGUGAAUGUUGGGACUGAAAGCGGGUACCCUGGGAGCUUACCGGACCGUUUCUUAUCGGAAAUGUAUGCACAUUUUGCAAACAGGACGAGCCCCAGCAGCGAUAAAUCCUGGCGGAAACAGAAGCGGAAGGAGAAGGAGCGGCAGUCAAGAAGGAAGUGGGAGCCUGAGCAUUUUCUGAAGAUCGUUGAUUGCACUCCCACCCCAGAAAGACCCUUACAGGGUCUUUGGAAGGGAAUUUGCAGUGACAUGAACUUGGAUUUUUAUAUCGUUAGAUAUGAUGAAAUUGGUGGCAUCAUCUGCCGAAAGGUUGGGGACUUGUCCUCCAGCUAUUCUGCCCCAGUUUUUUGGACAUCAAGACCUAUAUUUAUGGAAUCUCCAUUUUCUGCUGCUGAAGAACGUAUCUAUGAUGAUCGCAUACAUCUUGAACCGCUUGCAGCAGAGGAUCACAAUCAACACCAACAUUCAUUGACAGAUAUUGAGGCUGUGACUCGCAUUCUAUGCAUCAAUUCAAGUUAUGAUAUAGCUAUUCCAGGCUUGGCAGGACGCGAAGCUGAUUGCCAGCAUGGAGAGGGAAGGAUUUGGCAGUACAAAAAUGGAACAUUUGGAUUUGGAUUUCUUCGGGACCAAUUUAUCAUAGACCUGAAGCAUAUCAUCCAAGGUGGUUCUCUUCUUGAUACAGAAUACAGUUAAUCAUUGUAACCAUUAGUUAGUUGUAAUUCUCAGGGAUAAUCUUUGCGACUGUGCAACAGUUAAUGUUAUAUGCAAUGUUUGCACUGGCAAAACACUGUACAUUUAUUGUUAAAAUUAGUUAAAAUCUUUGCAGCACUGUUCUCUCUUGUUCCCCACUGUUCAUUUCCAAUGUUUUCUCUGCUUGCGAACGUCAAGCAUGUACUCAAAAUGCCCUUCAUUUAGAACUUCCGGAUGUUCAGUCUUGCAAGGUACAUCAUCAUGGUCUCUA